GGAAGAUAUAUAAACCUCUGUCGAGUGCGCAACUCAUCCAGAAAUAAUAGCACAGGAAGAAAAUGUGGACGCUGCUUUACCCGCCCCAAACAAAAACAUUCCUCCGCCCUACAAUUAUCACAAGAAAAAGAGCAGAAAUCGCCACUAUCCCCUUAUCAGUGAAAUGCCAACAAGAAGAAACCUCCCUCCGACCAAAAACCCAAGACGACGGCAUCCCUGCGGAUGACGUCAAAUUCAUCGCAAAAUUCAAAUCCCGCCACAACUACAUCCGCGUUCUAGAAGUUUCUAGAAAAGCCAAUCACCCUUUCCGCGGCUCCAGGCUCCUCCUCCUCGACGGCCCCGGCAACAUCCACAGCAUCACAUUCCCCAACACGCCAUUCACCAACACCUACUUCGACGUCUUCGCCACCCUCCCUCCCAUCCUCCCUCCUGGCCCCAUCUCCAUCCUCGGCUUCGGCGCUGGCUCCGCCGCCCGCGCUCUCCUCGAGCUCUAUCCCGACGUCAUCCUCCACGGCUGGGAGCUCGAUCAGUCCGUCAUCGACGUCGCCAGGGAGUUCUUCAGCCUCCGGCGGAUCGAGCGGAAAAACAAGGACAGGCUCUUUAUCUACGUCGGGAACGCGCUGAACGCGAGCGUGAAGGACGGGUUCGCGGGGAUUAUAGUGGACCUGUUCGCGAAGGGGUGCGUUAUAUCGGAGCUCCAAGAUGAGACCACGUGGUGGAAGAUGAAGGGCUUGCUGAGGGAGGGUGGGAGGGUGAUGGUGAACGUUGGUGGAAGCUGUGUUGAGGCUGAGAGUAAGGUGAGGGAUGGGAAGGUGGUGAUGGAAGAGACUCUGAGAGCGAUGAAGGUGGUGUUUGGGGAGAAGCUUUUUGUCCUCAGUUUGGGAAACAGAAGGGAUGAUAGCUCCGUUGCCGUCACCGGAGACUGGCCUGACGGUGAUGCUUGGAAGAAGGGCCUUCCGGAUCGUCUCCGAUAUUAUGUUGAUUUGUGGAAGCCAUAUUCUGGUGAGAAAGGUAGAUAACGGUUGCCCGUCAGAUGUUUGUGUUUAUUCCUCAACGAGAACACUACACACUUGUGUAAUCCCAAUUCAUUUCCAAUUCAUUUCCGAUU